GACGCUCUUCGUUACGCAGGUCGUAACAAAGUUGGAACGAGCGUGUUUUUUUGUGUGUGUUUGUUUUUUUUUUGUUUGUUUUUUUAAUUUUGUUACAACUAACAACACCAUGGAGGGCAAAGGCGCAAUAAUUUGCUCGGAGCUUUUCCAGAAGCACAGAAAGGUAGAAGUCGUCCUCUGUCCAGCUGCUCUUGCGUGGAAGGAAAUUGAGAGAAGCAGUAAACGGAGCUCGGGGACCUCGGAGCCAGAACACCGUCAGACUGUUAAAGUGUGUGAAAUCGUGGCAGUUCACAAGACAGAAGACAAAGUUGAUGCACAAGCCAGGAGCCAUCCGAAGAGGAUAAACCAGCCCUCUCAGCAGUAUGCCUAUGCAUUCACAGUCUCUUAUGUGAGGAGGACCCGGCAACACCUGUGGCAUUGCGCCGACGUCACCUUCCACUGCGCCGACCAGCAGAUCUGUGAGCAGUGGAUCCAAGUUAUAAAUGAGCAGCUGUCAAUACUCACCAACCGACCCAAGAACCUGCUGGUGUACAUCAAUCCGUACGGAGGGAAGCGGCGCGGGGAGCGCAUUUACGAGCAGAAGGUGGCUCCGGUGUUCCGGCGGGCCGGCAUCUUUACAGACGUGAUUGUUACAGAGCGCGCUAAUCAUGCCAGGGACCACUUGAAAACAGAGGCCAAUCUAGACGAUUAUGACGGGGUAGUGUGUGUGGGCGGAGACGGGAUGUUUAGCGAGGUGCUGCACGGCCUGGUGACCAGGAUCCAGACGGACCACGGUGUGGACCAGAACCAACCGGAUGCUGAGCUGGUGCCGUGCUCUUUGCGUAUUGGGAUUAUUCCUGCAGGGUCAACUGACUGCAUCUGCUUUGCUACGCAGGGAACAAACGAUCCAGUUACAUCUGCCUUGCACAUUGUUGUUGGCGAUUCACAGCCAAUGGAUGUAUGUUCGGUUCACCAUAACGGCGUCUUCCUCAAAUAUUCUGUCUCUUUGCUUGGGUAUGGAUUCUAUGGCGAUGUUUUGGCGGACAGUGAGAGGAAUCGGUGGCUUGGUCCUGCAAGAUACGACCUGUCAGGGUUUAAAACUUUUUUGUCCCACAACCACUACGGCGGGACAGUUUCUUUCCUGCCAGCAGACGACAACGUGGGGCAUCCAAGAGACAAGCUGCAGUGUCGAUCUGGGUGCCGCAUCUGUCGGCACAAGCCCUCAUCAAGAGACGAGCACGAUGAGGCGUCGGAGGAGAAAGAAAAGCCAGGUGAAGACAGCGACAGAGGCUGGAGUGUCAUCCAUGGCAAAUUCAUUGCCAUCAACUCUGCCAGCAUGAGCUGCGCAUGUCCUCGGAGUCCGAAGGGCCUGUCGCCCUCCGCCCACCUCGCCGACGGCACCACGGACCUGAUCCUGGUCAGGAAGUGUUCCCGUCUGGACUUCUUCAAGCAUCUCCUGCGACACACCAACGACAACGACCAGUUCGACCACUGGUUCGUGGAGGUCCACAGGGUGAGAAAGUUUCGCUUCCAGCCAUGGCACCACAACUUCGGUCCUCUGGAAGACGCCAGCGAACAUCCAGAGAGUCCGGACCUCAGUCCCACCUCCUCUCUCCAAGAAACCGACGACGACUGCACCGCCGAGAGCAGCUGGAACUGCGACGGGGAAAUCCUGCAUCACACCGCCAUUCAAGUCAGUGUCCAGUGCCAGCUGAUCAGGCUGUUUGCUCGGGGAAUCGAGGAGCAGCAGGAUGCAGAGGUGGCCAUGUGACGACAUUUGACCAGCGUUUUGUCCUGAAGACAAAGACUGAAACGGAAUAAGGGGGUGGGGGGAGAGACUUGAAAGUGUUGAUUUCCUGGAGAAGCACGUACAAUAUCUACAUUUCAUUUGCACAAGCUGCCUUUCGGUGAUGAUUACAGUGUUUGCUUUAAUGGCUUUGGGCAGGAUUGCGUAGAAAAUGACGAAACGCGUUGAAUUCAAACGGAUCACAUUGGACAGCCGGAUAGUGGGGCACCUCAGAAAGCUUACUUUUUGGAGUGAGCCGGGUGAAAUAUGGUUGCCUGCACCCUAUUAGUUCUGCUUUCACGUACAAAACAAAAAGAAGAAAACACAAGAACAAAGUUAAAGUUCAGAGCAACCCAAACAGACCUGGAGUUUUUCCAGCAGGAUGAAACGGAGCUGGACUCCUAGUCGAAUAUAAAAAAUAAAAUGAAAAUCCUCCUGCAACAACGUGGAGACACAGUCAGGGUGGAACAGCUUUGUGCAGAGAAUGAAGAUGUCUGUGGAUUCAAAAACACUCAUUCAAGCAGUCAUAUCUUUCUCAUUGAGGGAGGAAAAAAACGAAUGCUGUUCAUGUGAAAGCUGAUAUGAGCCACAGGCACUAAUAAAAAGAAUUGAAUCCCGUGACUUAAACCCUAACAGGACCCUGGUGGCUGCCGGGGCGAUAAGGAAAAGUGCUUCCUGAAUGACUUGGAGUGUCUUGGCGCUGCUGUGCCGCACCUGUGGCUCCGAGCCGUGCUGCGCUCCUCUCCGGCUCAGAGAACCGCUCGCCGUUUAAUCAUCACCUGGGAGCAGGCGGUUGCCUGCGUUGUUAAUGUCAUUACAGGCAAUCUACCCCUCUGCUCCCAAAUUAGCCUCUCUCAGCUCUUCCACAGUCGCAGGUCAAGCUGGUCUUGAACCGGCGGCAGCAGAGUCAGCAGAAAAUAAACGCUGUUACUUUGGCCCGCCGUUCCAGCGAUGAAACUUCAUGUCGGUCUACGCACGAGUGUUUGAAAAGGCCAAGGGUGUUUUUCCCGCAUCCCUGCAGGGUUGUGCUGCGAUUGACGAGUGGAAAAGUGCAGAUGUCAUGAGUUCACGCUUUCCCAAUUAAACCCACAGCAGCCAUGCUUUCUCGCUGAAGCCAAUUAGCCGUCCAGCACCAGGAGACGCAGGCGAACGCACAGCUUUUACUUUCUGAUAUUUAUAUAGAAAUAUUAUAUUUUCUUAUUUACACUUUUCUUCUCAAAUCGGUUUCCUUUGAAUUCUCUGGACCUCUUUCUAUUGAUUCAGGAUGUCAGUCGAUGACCUUCAGCUCGCCGGAUGAUGUUCCAUUACAGCAUAAAUUGGACAGAAAAGACGAGCUUGAAUAAAUGGACCCAUUCUGUUAUUAAACAAAACAAGAAAUCUCAUAUUUCAGUUCUGUGAAAUGUCAAAUAGGGGAUUCUUUGCUUUCAAGACUGUGUGCAGCUGCAUUCUCCUUUUUGAAUAUGCGUAGGUUUUAUGCUCCCAGAUAUACGUUUUGUGCAGCAUAACAUAAAAGGUUUGUUGUGAAGUGAACCAGCAGCAAUCACGUCUCCUGAAAAUAUAUUUUUGUAUACGGGUUCUGGCAUUUUUCCAUAUUUGGGAAAACAUUUUUUAUAUAAAAAAAUGUUUAUAUAAACUGUUAUGUUCUGUUCCGAUAUGUGUACCUAAGACUUUGUGUUCAAGAUGACAGCAGUCUGACGUCACUAAUCACAUCUAUUAUUGUUUGGCAGAAAUGUGAAACCAUCGAGCUGAAAAGACUGAAAGAAGAAAACUGCUCUAUUAGCUUAGCAAACAAACUGAGGGACCAUUAAUUGGGCGUUUGCUCAACAUUUCUCCUUCAAUCAUGCACCAAAAUCAAAUAGUAAAGAGGUUGAAGAAAACAAACAUUGGUAUUCACUCUUCUAUCUCCCAAUGUUUCUGUUAUUUGGCCCCAAACUGACCCCAUAAGUCAGACUAAUGUAACUUGGCUUCCUAACAUAGAUUCCAAUUUACUUUUCCCUUCUUUGUGCACGUUCACAUUCCUGCCAUUUUGUUCUAUGAAGACAUUUGCUAAAUGUUGGCCAUUCAGUAAAGUAGCUUCUCUGCUGCUUUUUGUUUCUGUGUGCUAAGCUAACAUCAGCAGCAGUCUGAGGAAGUGGCUCGAAACAGCGACAUUUUAAAAGUCCUCACUCCAUCUAUAAAAAACCACAAAAAUAAAACACUCCAAUCUGCAAAUGAGGUGAAAGUGGAAACUGAUUUCAUUUGAUUCAAAUCCCGAAUAAAGUGCUUAUGAAAUGGG